AUGGAGGACCUCGAGCCAGCCGCUGGAUCACCUACAUUGGACAACGGCAACGAGCCGCAGGGCAACAACGACGCCGGCGACACGCUCCGCCCUGACGCGGAAGAGGAAGAUCACGCUGGCACACCACCCAUGGCGGACCCAAUGGCGGAUAUGGAGACGCGCGCAGACGAUGAGGCGCCCGCUGCAGAGGGCGAAGCGGAUGCAGAUGUGGACAUGAACGUGGAUGGCGCGGCGCAGCGGGACGACGACGAUGAUGAUUUGGAGUCUGAUCUGGAGGAAUUGGAUGAGCAGCAGUUUGAGGACUUUGAUGCUUCCGCACUCAACAUUCCCGACAAGCCGCUACAGGUUGACGAGUCGAAUGUCGGCCUAUUGGGUGUGCACAAGCGGAAGCGGACGGCCGAGGAAGAGGCCGAGCGCGAGCGGAAAAAGAAGAAGAAGGCCAACAGACGCGAGAAGCCGAAAAGGAGCAAGCGUGGGGAAGACGAGGAUGACUUUGAGGGCGGCGUGGAAAUGGAUGGGAAGCGCAUGCGGAAGAGCAAGGGUGGUGAGAGCCGUGCAGGAAAGAGUGGUGGAGUGCGGAGAGCGCGGACACCAGAAGACGAGAGCAUGCUCUCUCCUGAAGAGCGCCGCCGUCGUGCACUCGACCGCAAGAUGGACGAGGCGCUCAAGUCGCACCGCAUCUCUCGCCGCAAGGCCACCCAGGACAUGGAAGAGCGAGCUGACCAGGAGCUGGCUUCCAUGCGCGAGCGCAUCGGCAAAGCGUGUGAGGCAGACGCUGUGGCCCGCGCUUCUGGCGGCGUGGCCACUCAGAAACUCAAGAUCCUACCCGCACUCGUGGAGCUCCUCAACCGCAACACCAUCCAAACCCAGAUUGUCGAUCCCGAUGUGAACAUCCUUGAGGGUGUCCGCUGGAUGCUGGAACCUGCAGAUCAGGAUGCAGCUCUGCCAAACUACCAGAUUCAACGCGAGCUGUUCUCCAUCCUAGCCCGGCUGAACAUUGGCCGAGAAGCACUGAAAGCCUCUCAGCUAGGCAAGGUCGUUCUGUUCUACACCAAGUCCAUCCAGCCACAGCCCGCCAUCAAGCAGAUUGCACAACGACUUGUGGCGGAAUGGAUGCGGAUCAUUUUGAACAAGAACAAGAACCGGAAGCACAUGCAUGUGGAGACGAGGACGUAUGAUCCAACGCUCGCCGCACAAAGCCAACGAACUGCUGGUGCAAGUCAGGUGGACAAGCAUGCACAGGCCGCGGAGAAGCGACGCAAGGUCUUGGCCGCGCCUGCUCCGACAAACCGUGCGAGACCGGAGGGAGGUGUCGGCAUGUACACUAUUGCGCCUGUGAACAACAUGAGCAAUGGCAUGGGUGUGAACAGUCGGACCCUUGGAACGGGUGGCACAGACGCCUUCAAGCGGAUCGCAGCGAGGAGUACCGGAGCAAAGAAGCGGUAG